UCACCCUGCUGUUUUUAUAUUCAGUAACACGGGACCAGUUCUAGAGUCAGGGAAGGAAAUCUGUACUCUAGGGAAGCUGUGACCGGCUAGUGGUAGUGUGAUUGACGGGAGAGCAGAGCCCCAUACCCUGCACUGUCUCCACCCCCUCACAGAGAGCAGAACAGGCUACAGACUCCCACUGGUUGAGUGCAACAGAAAGAGAGCAUGCACUGAUGGAGUUGAAGGCAACAGGAUGGGUGGAGCUGGAGGAGCGAGAUGCACUGUAUAAAGAGCUGCACUUCAAAACCUUUAAUCAGGCGUUUGGAUUCAUGUCUCGAGUGGCUCUGCAGGCAGAGAAGAUGAACCAUCAUCCGGAGUGGUUCAAUGUUUAUAAUAAGGUCCAGGUCACAUUAACAACACAUGACUGCGGAGGCCUGUCGAAGAAAGAUAUCCGUCUUGCCAAAUUCAUCGAUAAAGUCGCUCUGACAUUGUAGUGCUGUAAAAUGGUGUCACAUUUCCAGAUUCCAGAUGAGUGUGUGUUGUGGGCUGAGCUCAGACUCUCACUGAGUGCUGGACUGAUCUGGGAACUGCUGUAAACACAGAGGCUUAAAAAGUUCUCCAGUUACUGUAAACAACUCUUAAAUAAAGAGCAUGAAUAUCA